CUUGCGGCUCCGUUGGGGCGGCAGCUGGGCUGGAUGCGUGCGGGAGGCUGCGGCAGUGGUGGUGCUGGGAGUGCGAAAGGCGGCGGGCAGGGUGCUGUGAAGGCGACUUGGGUGCAGGUCGCGGGUUACCCAGACAACAAGGAAAACGGAACGUUGUGGAUGGAACGUUGCGCGCUGUACGGCACGACAGGCAACAAGAACGGCAACAGCGGUGGCAAGGGAGAUGGCGGUUUGUCGUACCACAACUGCCACACUCGAGGGGGCAACUCGGGCUCACCGCUUUGGGUCAUGCAGCAGCAGCGACAGGAGGGUCACCGUAAGAACGGUGCCAGCAGCACCCAGCUGCAGGCGUGUGCUGUGGGCAUGCAUGUGGCUGGGGAGGUGCUGCGGCGGUGGGAUGAGGGCGGGCGGAUGUACGACAAGAGGGACCGAGGAGCCGCCGUGAGCUUCGAUGAGGGCGAGGGCGGCGCAGGCGAGUGGAUACGGCAGGCCAUCGAGCGACACAGCGAUUGCUAGGGAUAGAUAAAUGGCCCAUGGGUCAGUGAUUGCCAAGGAUAUGAUGGAAAAAAACUCCAUAUUGUUAUGACAAGACACUUUCCUCAUGGCUUGUAGAUUGUAGAUACAUGCAUGCCUGGUAAACCCUACCAUGUGGCCCAUAAAUAUGUAUGGCAUUGCACUGUUGAACACACUUGUUGUUGGCACCAACGGUGUAUGUUAGGGCUGUUCACAUGCCUUGUUAAGCACCGGUACAUGGCUCAGCAGCACUUCCUGCCGGGCGCGGGAAACCCUUGUCCGCAAGUGCGAGCGAGGGUUGGAGGAGGAGGUAAACGGCAGCUAAAGGCUGUCAGCGUUGAUUUCCCAGCGGCUACCUUUUUACGUUGCCUGGAUUUGGUACAUGGCGCGUAAAAGCGGCCUUGAGUGCACAAGCUUAUGAUGAUGAUGAUGAUGAUGAAGUAAUGUGCCACAUAAGAGACAGCCAUGCAUCUAGGUACUUUACAGACAUCCAGCACACACAGCACCCACGAUAUACCCGACCAAAAACGGGGACCCGACAAAUGCGGGGCAUUCCUGUAGGGCCGCAACCCCCCUAACAGCUCUGAUGGGAGUACCAGAUAAUUACCCACCAGUUGCUAAACCAGUUGCAAGUGUCACACCGCCGCUGGCCCCCCCCCCGUGCAUG